CCUUGAUCCUAGAAAAACGGAAACACUCCCUAAAGACAGACAGCUGCUGACACCAGCCAAGACAUCUCCGGGGGCCACCGAGCACACAGUGAAACCUCACCUUUACACCGGAGCUGAGCCAGCAGACCGCCCGGUGCUGUUAACCAGGUUUCUGUCGGUUAAAACAAUAAAAAAAAAAUCGGAGGGGGACGCUGCUGCCUGCCGCUGGAACUACACUGCGACGCAUCUGCGCAGCACACAGCAACGAAGAGACUGAAAAAACGUCGCAUCAGUGUUUAUGAAAAUGCCGUUUUCCAUUAACGGCAUCCUCUGCACGCUCGCGCUGCUGGUCCUGUGGCGGGCGGAGGAGCUCGCUGAAGCGUGCAGCUGUGCUCCGGUACAUCCGCAACAGGCGUUCUGCAACGCCGAUGUAGUGAUUCGAGCGAAGGUGGUGGGAGAGAGAGAGGUGGAUUCUGGGAAUGAUGUCUAUGGGAAUCCCAUCAAGAGGAUCCAGUAUGAGGUCAAACAGAUCAAGAUGUUCAAGGGGCCUAACUACGACAUCGAGGCUGUCUUCACGGCUCCCGUGUCCGCUGUCUGUGGCGUUACCCUGGAUGUCAACGGCAAGAAGGAGUACUUGAUCUCAGGCAAGGCCGAGGCCGACGGGCGCAUGCAUGUGACCCUGUGUGAUUACAUCAUGCCCUGGGACUCCUUGAGCAACACCCAGAAGAAGGGCCUUAGCCAACGCUACGAGAUGGGCUGUGAAUGCAAGAUUGUGCGCUGUCCCUCUCUGCCCUGUGAGAUCUCUGCUCCUGAGGAGUGUCUGUGGACGGACAUGAUGAUCGAGAAGCAGGUGCACGGACGCCAGGCCAGCCACUACGCCUGCGUCAAGAGGGCGGACGGCUCCUGCUCCUGGUACCGCGGCAUUGCGUCGCCCAAGAAGGAGUUCCUGGACGCCGAUGACCCUUAAUCACUUGGCUCGCCUGACUGCCCACUGCACAGCCUGGCUGGAAAAUAAAUGUAAAUGAUUCCAUUGAAAUUUAAGAUAACAUCAGGCAAUGUGAUUUUUGAUUUCUUUUUUUUUUUUUAAGGCAAAGCUAAUGUGACUAAAAUUACCUGCUGGUCCGAAAACAACCUUCAGCUCUCUUUGUAUUUGUUGUCCGUUAGCAUUUCAGUUAGACAAAGCAACACGAGGCCGCUUUCAAUUUCAGCAUUGCUCAAAUUGAACUGAAGAGGCUCGGAGGUUGUUCUCAGACUCGGGUUGUUCUCUGUAAAAACAAACCUAGCAUCAUGAGACAUAGACUGGUCAAGUGAUGAUAUAACUUCCUCCUGAGGCUGGCGUCAGGAGGAUAUAAAUUCUCGGUGAGACAGAGCACUUCCUGCCCCGCAAAGCGCUUUAACAGCUCUGCUCUCCAACUUCACAAGUCAAUCCCGAUCUACGGACAAUCAUUCGUUGCCCAUCGUGUUUCUACUUUUAUUACCUCAUUCUCCAUUUUAUUCCAAAGCCAAAUUCCAAGUUGCCUUUUUUUAAAUGAUUGUCUCGCUCUCUCCGAACACUAUUAGUUACUGCUUCCCUCAUCUUCUCUGCUGGGAGCCGUUUGGCCACCGGUGACGUCGGACGCCCACUGCAUGCUUAACUGUUUUGUUUAAAAAGAACAUGAGUCAUCUUGGCUGAUCUUUCCUGGUUUGAUUAGGUGAAAAAUCUUUUCUUGUGGAGAUUUUAACUCAAGUCUGUGGCCGUCACAGGCCUCACUGGACCAGUCUAUGCUGUGUAAAGUUGAGCGCUCUAAAUUUAAACCUGCUCAUGAGGUAAAACACCACCUCACCGCCCCACAGUCCAAUCAGAAAUAUCCAAAAUGUCUCUUUCUCAUCUCAUCUUCAUCCCUCUCCCUUGUUAUCCCCACUAUGUAGCUGUACAGUACCUAUGCAUAUACUUUUGUUGUUACUUGAUGAUUAUUAUUAUUAUACUGCUUUAGAACUAGAUUUGCACUUUUUGAGGAUGAGUUCCAGUAAAGACAAGAGCCUGAACACUCUGAUGUGACAGUGAUUAUAGUUCACCGAGACCGACAGAUCCACCUCAGGUGCAGAUUUCUCCUAUUUUGAGUGCUUUUGGUGAUCCAUAUUCACAAACUUAUUCUCGCUAUCUUUGUCAUAACAGAGAAAAUAGUACUUGCAAUCAAAGAAAAACAAAAAAAGUGGCGUGUGAGAGGUUCGGAUAUAAGGGAUUUUUGCAGAUUUUAUGUGUGAAAGACAAAAACAAAAAGAGCUUUGUUGGGUGUUAUUUCAGUGUCUUUGUAUUACCUGUUGAUUGUAAAUGCCAACAGCAGUUUCAGGAUUUGCCAAUAUAUUCUCGCAGACGGUUCAUUUCAUGAGUAAUAGGGUCUUUACGUGCUUAAUGUUAGCUUUGACUCGUCUUUCCUGCUCCUUCCAGUUAUUAAUGAAAGCUUCAUCGCUGUCAUAGAAAGCAAGUUACUCAAUUGAAGUUUACAGUGCUGUUUUAUACACCUCAAGCUACAUUAACAAACAAAUAUAUAUAUGAUGGAGUAUUAGAGGCAUAAUUUAAAAGUAAACUCUUUCCAUUUUCCAUUACUUUGUAUUUUUUCAGUGUUAUUAUUAUACCUGUCAUGAUUUUUGUGUGUUUUCGCUGUCUUUGUCUAUGAUGUCUUUAGCUGUAGUGUCGAGGUGAGAAGGUCCUCUUGCGCUGGAGUAACGUGAGAGUGAGAGAGAUGAAUCCUUUUUGGAGAGGUGUAGAGAAAUGAGAAAUGGGUACCUUGUGUGAAUAGAGGACUGUGCAUGUGUUUGAUGCUUUGUGUAAGUCCGGGCGAAGGACAAAAUAUUCAGUAUUAUCAAAUAAAAACCACAUGUUUGAAAAAAAAAUAAA